AAACGGACCCCAUUGUUAUUGUGUGCAAAUUUCAGAUAGAAAAUAUUGAUUGAAGUCAUCUAUUUUUGUUUGCUUACAAAUUCGACGCGGUUUUAGAAACCAAAACUCUUAAAAUAUUUCAGUUCAGUCAUCUCCGUAAAUUGACUAUCGGAGUGUAAAAAACGAGUUCUUCAGCGCCUGAAAUGAAUAAUCCUAACAUAAUCUCUCUCGGCUUCAGCGUGUCGCUUAGUCCAUGUUUCCUAAAUACUGGCCAAUCGAAGACCGGCAAACUAUAAUCAACAGCUGCGUACGUGCUUCGUUUCAUCAAACGCGGAAAUACAAAGAGAACCAUUUUUUGCAAACCACAAAAUUAUUCUUCACAAGCGGAGCGGAAAAUGGUGCUAAUUUUGUUGAUGUUUAAAACAUCUGAUGUGGUCGUGGCCGAGUAAAAAUUUUAAUAACUCCGACAACUAACGUAAACUUCCGGCACUCGGCUUCGUAUUAAUCACGUGACACGAUCCAAGGCGGAAGUACCGACUAGGAUAGACAGACGGUUCAACAGUUUCGCUUCUACAUGAAACCUCUGCUAUUUGGUGACCAAACGUUUACACGUUCUACACAAUCUCCCGGUUGAGUGCUUUCCGAGGUUGCUAAUCCUGAUCACGCUUCGGAGGAAAAUAUCGCAGUGAACUAUAUUGAAACCUGGUUUUUGGAGCAAUUUUGCUGAGACAAAAAAACAUUUAUGACACUGUCCUACAAUCUUGCAGUCAAGCUUCCUCUCCCAUUUGAGCAGCAAACUUAUUCGACUACUGAAAAUCACGCAGCGGCUCUGUCGUUAUUAAAGAUGGCUGACUCCGGUGUUUCAGAUUCUCUCCCCAAGAAACGCGGAACAUCCCGAAGUGCAGUCCAUUUGUGGGAAUUUUUAUUGGAGCUUUUGGCGGAUGAAAGAUACUCUUCGCUGAUAACGUGGACAAAACGUGAAAAAGGAGAGUUCAAACUUCGCAAUCAGGAAGAAGUUGCGAAGCGCUGGGGGGAACUGAAACAACGACCAGGAAUGAAUUAUGACAAACUAAGCCGGGCCCUUAGAUAUUAUUAUCAAAAAAAUAUCAUCAGAAAGGUCAGUGGUCAGCGGUUAGUCUACAAAUUUGUAGAUCUCCCUUACAAUUAUAAGCCAAUCAAAAAUCUUUACGACAGUGGGAUUCUGGAGAAGGAGGACCAAUCAAAAACUACAGAGAAGCACGAGAAGACUUCUUCCACGCGAGAAGUGUUCCAAGUAAUUUCUUAUCCAAACUACCUGAGCACCCCAAAUAUCCCAGACCUCAAAGACCCACAAGAGCCAAUCAGAAGUAAGCAUGAUCUUCACGUGCCAUCUGUUUCUGCACGAAACGAAUGUUACUUCAGUGAGGCGAGUCAUGGAAUAAGGCACAUUUCAGUGCCUGUUAUCAUGAAAUGUGGUCAUCCAACAGCUCUACCACAAAAGGUGAUCCCGGCCGAUGGCCAAGCGAUGGCAUAAAACUUUUAGUCGAGUUUAGCUCGCCAUAGUAGUGCAGUUUGUUAUAAACCGUACGGAUAAUCAUGUAAGUGUCACGCAGUCUUUCAUAAAUUUUGGAUAGAACAGAUGUAAAGCAAAAUUUGAGAAGACACGUGGGUUACGGUGCUCUUUUAAAAAGACUGAGUAAUACUGUUUUUUUUACAACAUUUAUUGAAUCAUUCCUUGCAGUUGUAAAAUUUUACAACAUUGAUUAAUUUAUACUACUCUAACUUGUAUAAUUUUCGAAGGUCCAGGUCUUUUAAAUUAGUGUUAAUUAUAUAAUAAGAUAAGAAAAGCGCAUAAUUUAGCGAAUGAGAUUUAGUAGGUGCAACGAGAUCAGGGAUCAAGUUUUACCUUGUGUUCUUUUCGUGUCUGGAAAAAUACAGCUGAACCCUUCAAACAGAGGAAAGAUUAUCAAACAAAUAUAAUAGGGGGAUCGACAUCCCUUUUGAUCAGAGUGUUCUCAAUUACUUCCUGUUACCUUAAGGAUAGUAAUAUAUUUGAAAAUUUCCUUAAAACACUCUGGUGACAUUUUGGGGUUUCUUUUAUAAAUUUCGCUGAUCAAAUGUGCCUUCUUUUAAGAUUCCCAACCCCCACCCCCUAACCAAUCUUUAGAAGUAGGUCAGUUCAGAACUAGUUUUCACUGAAGGAGUGGGGGAGGGAGGGGAGCCAAUGUGAGUUUGGGGAUCGAGAGAUUUUGUAAAAAGUAGAAAAUGUAAAAUAUUUUUAAGUGUUGACAGUCAACAUCUUAUCACUAUAAUGUGCUUUCGACUAGAUUGUAAAAAGUAGGCAAUUAUGGUACUCAGACCUUUGGUUUAUAAAAUAUUAUCUUUCAGAAUUCGUUAGAAAUAGACUUUUCUACAUGCCAUCUUAGUAUCAAAGAAGUAAAAAUUUACAUAACACAACCAAUUUUAUUUUUUUGUUGUUAUAUUGCAAAAGGAGAAUAUCUAAUUAGAUUAAUCGACAGAAAACAUUUCUUGAAGGAUAGGAUCUGAAUAGAUGUAAUAACGAACUCUAGAUGUACGGGUGAAUCAUUUCAAUUUUUAGAUAUCAACUGACACAUCUAAAGAAGUUGCGUCUAUUUCCCCACUUCCAAUUUUUUUAAAUUCAUAUAGUGACUCAUAAAAAGAAAUUAAUGGUUUAGCUGUCGAAAUAUGAAAAAGGUCUCGAAAACAGUAACUCCUAAAUACAAUAAAGAACUUUUUUCUAGCCAUGGUGAAUAAAA